AUGAAGAAAUUCUUAGGCUUGAUGGUUCUUAUGGGUUAUGAUUUGGCUCAAUCGGAUGUUUCAGAUAAGCGCAGAUCUAUAUGUUGGCAAGCUGCAGAGAGGGCAUGGAUUAAUAUAAACUUUGAUGGAGCUUCCUUGGGUAAUCCAGGACAUGCAGGUGUUGCCUGUAUAGCUAGAGAUGACCAAGGUCUCAUUGUCGAAAAAUUGGCUGAAUACAUUGGGAAGACCACAAACAACAUAGCAGAAUUUGGAGCAAUCUUGAAAGGGGUUGAGCUUGGUAUGAGAUUGGGGGCUGGAAAAACCUACCUAGAAGGUGACUCUCUUUUUAUAAUCAAUGCAAUCAGGAAUCAAUGGGUGGUGAGUUGGCAACUUAGGAGAUGGCUUACUCCAAUCACGGAAGUGCUGAAAAGUUUUGAAGAAUUUAAAUGUCAUAUUUAUCGAGAGGGCAACGGGCUAGUAGAUGACUUGGCCAAGCAACUGGCAGAGCAUAAAACUAUCAUCGAUUCUCUCUAUUCUGAACAAUGA